UUCUGUCCUGGCUUAUCUAUUCGUAGCCGCUGACUCAUAGGUCGUCUCAGGCCUCACCGUGGGGUAUCUCGGAGGGCCGCGUCAACAGUCGUCUCUUGCUGCCAACUUACGAACCCCCCCGCACCGUCGCCAUCGUCCAGAGCAAGAUGGAAUACACCGAGAAGCAACCCAAGGCCAUUGACCUGGCACAUCACCUCUCGGAUGUCUCGCGAGCACGUGAGACGUCCCCAUUGAAGGAUUUGGCGCGGCAGUUCGGACGCCCGGGCCUUAUCUCAUUGGCGGGAGGCAUGCCAAACGAGGCGUACUUCCCGUUCGCCUCCAUCUCUGGUGACAUUCUUCAUCCUGCCUCGUUCUCGACUUCAAACGAUGAUAAUGAAGAGUCUAUCUCCUGGUUUUGGAAGCUCUUCGGCGGCUCUCGCAAGGAGAAAACUAGUCCAAUCACUAUUCCGAAGCACCCAGCCAAGCCGGACGACAUCAACCUGACGGUAGCGUUGCAGUACGGAACGGCAACCGGCCUGCCACAACUCCAGAAGUUCAUCAGCGAAUUUGUAGAGAAGGUUUACCAGCCUGCCUAUGCAGACUGGACUGCACUCGUGCAGACUGGCAACACGGAUGGCUGGUCGAGGUGCCUCAGCUUGCUGUGCAACCCAGGCGAAGCGUUCAUUACCGAAGACUGGACUUACCCUUCUGCGCUCGCGGGCAGCGUGCCUUCUGGCAAGCUCCCUGUCGGCGUGCCCAUGGAUGAUCAGGGCAUGCGCCACGACGAGCUUCGGAAGGUCCUGGAGGAAUGGGACGAGGCCGCGCGAGGAGCGAAGCGCCCUCAUGUUAUGUACACGGUCCCGAUAGGCCAGAACCCGACGGGCGUGACUAUGGGGCUUGAGAGAAAGAAGGCGAUCUACGACAUCUGCGUCGAGUUCGACAUCAUAAUCGUUGAAGAUGACCCUUACUACUUCCUCCAAAUGGGCAAAUACGCCGCACAGUCAGCACGAGCCCCGCAUGCAGGGUUCGCGGAUCCCGCAGGAUGGCUCACCAGCCUGGCGCCCAGCUAUGUCAAGAUUGACUACCAAGGUCGAGUUAUACGCCUGGACACGUUUUCGAAGACUAUAGCUCCCGGUUCCAGGUUGGGCUUCUUCACCUGCAAUCCUGUCUUUGCGGAACGGCUGGAGCGCAUUGGAGAGACGUCUACCCAGGCCCCAUGUGGCUUUGGUCAGUCUCUGAUCACCCAACUGCUGACCACAUGGCAGUUCGACGGUUACGCUAGGUGGCUGCAGGGUUUGGCGGCGCAGUAUACAUCGCGCCGCAACUCAUUCAUCGAUGCCCUCCAGAGCGAGUUCCACUUGCGAGUAUCCGUGGGCACGGCCGGCUCUUGGAAGGAUUGCGUGAUCUACACGGCGUCAGCCAAGGCCAGGCGCGGGGACGCCAUGUCGGAGAAGGCGGCGCUCUUUGGUCAGGGCAAGCCGCUCUUCAGCUUCGUCCCGCCGUCUGCAGGCAUGUUCCUCUGGCUCAAAUUCCACUGGGACAACGUUCCCGGCUUCAAGGAGGGUGACGAGGAUACUUUGGAGAUGAAGCUCUGGAAGAAGCUUGCUAAGGCCGGCGUGCUCGUAGUGCCUGGGCGUUUCUUCGCGUCCGACGAAGACGAAGUGAGCCCUGUUGAAGGUCACUUCCGGAUUUCCUUCAGCUAUGCUUCUAACGAGGCCUUCAAGAAGUCUGCCAAGAUCCUCAGCGAGGUUGUGGGCGACUUUUUCCAUCAUCAGUCUUAACCUACUCCAGACUCCUCCCUUCGAGAGUGUGAUUUUGGACUGUGUUGCAUAGGGGCAGCAUAUAUGAGUGUAUUGCUGAGUGCUGGGUCGUAGCAAAGUAUAAAGUCAACGAGAAGGUAGUGAAAGCGACGGAAUUGUCAAUUGUGCAUCUGUAGCAUGAGCGCUCAAUAUAAUGCUCGGCCGAAACUUUAUCUCAGC